AACUUAACUUCCACGACCACGUGACAUAAAAUGACCUAUGCGUUCGCCAAUGGGUACAGAAUCGUUACGCCAUACAUUCAUAAAGCUAUGCUGAGAGUGCAGCCAGAAUGGCACGGGAAACCGCUACAAGACUACAUUGGCCAUUUCCAUUUCCAUCCUCCUGUGAAAAUAGACAGUGGGCGUCUACUUGUGUCGGGAGAGAAAGCAACUCCUGCUCGCAUACUAAAGCAAUCAGACAUAAUUUCAUAUACAUUUCAUUUCCAUGAACCAGAGGUUUUAUCUGAUCCAGUCAAUGUAAUUGAUAUAACUGAUGACCUAGUAGCAGUCAAUAAACCAGCUUCUAUACCGGUACAUCCAGUCAGCUCUUUUAGGAAGAACACUGUUCUUAAAAUAUUAGAGCAUGACCGACCUCAUCUUUUUGACGAGUUAGGAGGGGAAAGACUAAGGACGCUUCACAGGUUGGACAGGCCUGUGUCUGGUGUUCUGAUAUUCGGAAGAAACAAAAAGUCGGCCACACUCUUUACUGAAGGAUUGAAGAGCAGGGCUAUAAAGAAAGAAUAUGUAGCUAAAGUCAAAGGCAUAUUCCCUCUUGGUGUCAUUAAACUUGACCAAUGUUUAAAUAGACAGAGCCAAUUUCCUUUGAGAUAUCAAGCAGAUGAAAAAGGUAAGGAAGCAAUAACUCUAUUUGAGAGGGUCUCAAUCAAUGAAGAAGAGGAUUAUUCUAUAGUGUCAUGUCAGCCUGUUACCGGAGUCACUCAUCAGAUAAGGGCUCACCUACAGUAUCUUGGAUACCCAAUUGUGAAUGACAUUAAGUACGGUGGUCAUAGUGAAAAAUCUUUGCCAGUUUUACCGAAAAUCGACUAUACUCAAGUUACUGAUGCCCAAACCUAUUUUGACUGGUGUGAAAAUUGUCAAUUAGGAAGGAGAGACACUUCUCAUUAUCCCAUUGAAGAUCUCGUGACUUUCUCAAUAUAUCUUCAUGCAAUGCGGUAUGCGUUGUGCUGCUCUGGAUGGGCGUGGUCGUUUUGUGCCCCGCCCCCAAAAUGGCUGAACGAAAAUGAAGUUGAAAAAAUAUUUUAUAAGAUGAACUUUAAAGAUAGAGAUUAUGCCGAUAAUAAUAUUAAUAUCAAUAAUAAUAAUAAUAAUAAUUUUUAAAUUGCUAUUUAUUAAUUAGCUGAUCCAACCUGA